CUCUUCUCUAGCCUUAUCACGCACUUUGCGAUUAUUGACUAUUUUCCACCACAAUGGCUGUUGAGAUCAUGGCGAACGAAACGAUCCAGACAGUACCGGCCCAAGUGGAAAAACCAGAAGCAAUCAAAGCAAAUUUUAGGGAUACACAGAAGGGUAAUGUACAGAGUCGUAUCAAGUUCCGUGUCGAAUAUGUCGAAAUUUCAACGGGUAGCGUAAUCCACCGAUAUGAGACAAAAGGCCUGAAUUAUGAGGACGAGACUUCGAGCGCCGAACAAACAGUGUUUGAGAUCGUCACCACGAUCAAGACUGCUCAAAAGUCGACUGUGGAUGAGGCUAACUUCAGACUUCCUCCUGCUGCAAACGUCUCUUCGGUCAGCAUGAGUAUCCUUUCGGGUGCAAUCAUUCACGCUCUUCGUUCAGUAGUUCAGUACUACCCUAGCCAAGACCUGUCGAGUGAUGUUAUCAAAAUUGCGGCACCUUAUGCAAUUUUGGUGCACCACUACGAUGAGUUGAUGGAAUAUAGGGAGAGGCUCCGGCUAGAUUCACCGAAGGAAGUCUGUUACAAAGAAAAGGAUGCCUAUGAGCACCUCGGCAUACUCAAAGCGUUCCUCGGUGAGCACAUAAUGCCUGCAGUUGAAGAGGAGAGAGCCCGGAACCGGAGAGGAUAUGGGACAUUUGACAUGCUAUGGGUACCACUCAAACCUGGGGUCGCAUUCCAGGGUCCUUGGGCGGAUAACGCAGAAACCUGCGCGGGAAUCAUGCACUCUGUUGUCGGGGGCAGCUUUGAAACUCCACCUAGGGAGUGGACAUUCCAUUAUUGGACCCUCGAUUAUAACGGUUCUCUUGUUGAUCGUCGUCUACGAAUCGCCUCUCUCUCAAAGUACGAUGGUGAGCGUCUGAGCCUAGUGACACCGGUUGAUAUGAGAGCAUCCCCGCGAGAGAAAGAGGUUGAAAUGCUUAUUGAGCAAGGGAAGCUAUACUGGAGUCUUCUACGCAAACAAUGCCGAUAUUAUAAGGGGAAGACAGAGACAUUUCCACAUAAUGAGGUUGACGGACUGGUGAUGGUGGACAUGGAUGCUUACUAUGAAGCAAUGCCGGCCAUGAGGCCCCGGUUUAUGGGCAGUUCUGCAGACAAUCGUACUUGGAUCUCCGACUGUACCUGCUCUGUUUGUAACCAGAGAAGGGAUGCCAGCCUCGAAAAGCACACUGCAAUGUUUGAAGCGUACCAGCAACUCCCCCCUAAACUCGUGGACAAAUUGGACGACGAUCAGUACCUGUUACUCCCUGGGAGCAUAUGGGCUUUCAUAUUCAGAACAAGGACCUGGGAAUUACUCAAUGUCAAGAGCUUCUCUGAGCCAAGAUUCGAAGAAGACAUGAUCGACCAUCUCGUUAUGGACGAAAAGCGUGUAACAAUGCUAAAAGCACUUGCAAAAAGCUUCAUACGGCUCAACAAAUUUGGCGAAAAGUCAGAUAGAGAGCCAUGGUCUGCGGAUUUCGUCAAGGGCAAGGGCAGCGGGCUGAUAUUCCUUCUCCAUGGAAUGCCUGGAGUUGGCAAAACUUGCACUGCCGAAUGCAUUGCCGCUUUCACAAGCCGGCCUCUCAUGGUUCUGACAAGUAGUGACAUUGGAACGAGCGCACUAGAUGUCGAAAGGAAUCUCAUGGAACACUUCAAAAGAGCUCGCAGCUGGGGGGCAGUUCUUCUAAUUGAUGAGGCAGACGUUUUUAUGGAGCGUCGCACAACUGCUGAUUUAACCCGUAACAGUCUUGUAGCUGGGUUUCUCCGCGCUCUUGAAUUCUACGACGGUAUCUUAUUCCUUACAACAAACAGAGUUGGUUCUUUUGACGAUGCAUUCAUCUCUCGGAUCCAUGUCCAACUGUGGUAUCCGGAUUUCGACGAUGAAGGCAGGCGAAAAGUGUGGCAGACGUUCAUCGACAAGCUCCAGCGGGAGAGGGGUGAUUACAUUAGGCCGAACAUUGACGCGAAAGAAUAUCUCGAGGGAAAGGAGCUGAAGUCUCUGAAUUGGAACGGAAGGGAAAUCAGGAACGCUUUUCAAACAGCUGUCGCAUUAGCAGAGUAUGAAGCAACAAAGGACCAAGAAGGCAAGAUCAUCUUGACUGAUAAACACCUCAAGUCCGUAGUGGAGAUGUCCCGUGACUUCAAACUCUACCUUCGGGAUCUCCAUCAUGGCGAUGAAGGAAAACGGGCUGAGCGAAGGAUGGAGAGAUUGGAUAGGUGAUAAGAUUACAAGAACGAAGAUAUUAAUACAGUGGUGAACACAGGUAAAUCAGCAAAAGUUACGUUGUCUUGAAUGGUUUUCGGUGGCCGCGGAAGCGCGAGGUUACUACCUAACAAUCUCUAAACCAAUCAGAUAACCUUAACGCACAGCCUAAGCGGAGAGUACUAGCAAACUGAGAUAUUUCAAUAUUAGAAACCCAAAAGGAGUAUUCAAAAGGCUUAGCAUCCACCUCUCAUUUGUGUACUCCCUAGGACACUCAACAUCUGAUUUUGAAACUCUACAGCAAGCUCUUACUUCUUGCUUAAUAUCCUAUACCGCAGCGACAUGAUUAAAAUCUGUACGGUUGAAGCUCCUGUCUAGCAACGAG